AUGCGCACUGGAGGGGCCUUAUUACGUGAGUGAACGCAAGAGGAUGCUCGUGGACAAGGCCUAGAUGUCGAGAGCACUGGCAACAGCCCUUCAAGAAUGGGACAUUCAGGAGAAAGAAUUUCAGCAGAUUCCGGAGACCCGUCGACUUUACAUGCAGAAGUUAAAUGAAGUCUCCAGGCUUCAAAAGAACUUUGUUACAUCCGUAGCUGGACAAAAGAAGAAUUUGACACAGUUAUCCAAAUCAUUGAAGAAAUGCAAUAAAGGUCUGACGGAAGAGGAUAAGAACACCGUGGAGAAGGUCAAAGGUCACGUUCAAGAUAUGCAAAACAAUUUAAAUCAAAUGGAGGCAUUUCUUCCAAAGAAAAAUGGGCUCUAUCUUAGCCUUGUCCUUGGAAAUGUGAAUGUCAACCUCCUCAGCAAAGAGUUGAAAGCUGAAUACAAAGAUGAGUACGAAAAGUUCAAGUUGUUUGUGACCAUGAUUAUGUUCCUGUUGUCCUUCUUGUGUCACUUCUUCAUCGCCUACAGAGCUGUGGAUGCACUUCUGUACUUCAUGUUGGUGUGGUACUAUUGCACCCUGACGAUCCGUGAGAGCAUCCUCAUCAGCAAUGGGUCCAGAAUUAAGGGCUGGUGGGUUGUCCACCAUUAUAUUUCUGCCUUUCUGUCGGGGGUUAUGCUAACCUGGCCAGAUGGUGAAUUGUAUCAGUCAUUCCGGAACCCAUUUCUGGCCUAUUGUUUGUAUCAAAGCUUCGUGCAAUGUCUUCAGUACUACUAUCAAAGUGGAUGUCUCUACAGACUUAAAGCACUGGGAGAACGGCACAACAUGGAUUUGACUGUUGAGGGAUUUCAGUCAUGGAUGUGGCGUGGACUGACCUUCCUCCUUCCCUUUCUUUUCCUGGGUCACUUUUGGCAGCUUUGGAAUAGCAUAUCCCUGUUCAGGAUGGCUCACCUCCCUGAGUGUAAGGAGUGGCAGAUAUCCAUGUGUGGAUUCUGCUUUCUGGUUCUGUUUACUGGAAACUUUUUCACCACAGUUGCAGUUGUUCGUCACAAGAUCAAGAAUGAAAAGACCAAGAGGCUGUAAUUUUUUACUUUCCUUUAAAAAUGGCCGUGAAAACGUUUCUAAAAGUGUAGAUCGUACUUAAAAUGAUUAUUAUAGCAAAACUGUUAUUUAUACUU